AUGUCUUUAUCUAAGUGGCCCCACAACCGGUCACAGUGGCUGGCCUUUUUACUUUUGAUUCUCACUGUCUUCACCCGAGGGCCGUGUGCUGCACAAUAUACAGAGGAAGUGGAUGAUCCCAACUCGUGGACCUUCAAAGUGCCUGGAAAAUCUUCCAUUUCUUUCCUUCCUGGAUAUUCUAGCAAACAACAUCAACGACUUGGCUUAGUUUUCCGAACCCACCAAUCGGACGCUUUGCUUCUCUAUCACAAAAUAGAGGAUUACAAUCGGACAAAUUUUCCUGAAAUCCAAUAUUAUGAAUUAAAAGCAGAAUUGAUACAAGGAGUGGUGCGUGUGCGUUACAGAUUGAACCAAUUUUUGGAUGAUUUUACCAUUGGGCAAAAUCUCAAUGAUAAUGAAUGGCACAAACUGCAGAUAAGUCUGGAUAUCAACACAGGUGGAUUUGCUGUGUCAUUAGAUUUCUUCACCUCUCAAAACCGACAACUGAGGGCAUUCAAAGAUAUUAAAAAGGUUUUAAAGUGGAGUAAACUAUUGUCUGUGAUAUAUUAUGGAGGUAUUGACACACGUCAGGACUUCAUCUAUGAAUCAUUUAUUGGUUGCAUGAAAGACUUGAAAUUUGAAAAUUCUGCUGGCAAAUAUGUUGCUGUUAAAAUCAACACCCAACAAAAUAUGACACAGGGCUGUCAGAACAUGUGCUACACGGAAAGCCCUUGUCAGUACAACAGUACUUGUAUAAAUCAUUAUUACUAUGUUACUUGUGAAUGCUUUGGCACAGAUUAUGAAGGACAGUUUUGUGAAAAAGAAGGUGUGACCAAAGUGACUCUUCGUGGCUAUGAAUGGCUUACUUACAAAUUAUAUGACGUAGACACAGAUGGUGACCCAUCUAUUGAAAUAUCAAGAAUUAGCAUGGAAUUCAAGACUGAUCGUAACACAGGGAUUUUGCUGUAUGCUGUAGGAGGUGCUCCUCAUUAUUCCCAUAUCAUUGCUUUGCUACAUAGUGGCUUCGUCAAUGUGUCUAUUGCCUUUGAAAAUCAGGAUUGGGAUUUUAGCAUCAGUAUCGAAUUGGACAGGAAUCGGUGA